CAUUAAAAGAAUUAAAAGGCCCGUACGAAAGCCCAAACGUUAGGGUAACUAUAUAAAAACACGCAUUUCACGAAUAAACCCCUCUAUUGCAUAACAAACCCUAAAUCUACGUAGCGGCGAAGAGAGACUCAAAUCUUCAGUGAAAAGAUGUCUAUCGGAGAGCUUGGUUGCACUUACGCUUGUUUGAUCCUCUCCGACGAUGGGAUCCCCGUCACUUCGGAGAAGAUUUCAACUCUUUUGAAGGCAGCCAAUGUUAAUGUUGAAUCAUACUGGCCUAGUUUGUUUGCUAAGCUAGCUGAGAAGAGGAGCAUUGAUGAUCUUGUGAUGAAUGUUGGAGCUGGUGGUGGUGGCGGUGCUGUUGCUGUUACUGCUCAGGCUGGAGGUGCUGCUGCUGCUGAAACCAAAGCUCCUGUUGAGGAAAAGAAGGAAGAACCAAAAGAAGAAAGUGAUGAUGAUAUGGGAUUCAGCCUCUUCGACUAGGAGAUGCUAUCAGUUGCAAAGUCUAAUCUUAUAUGCUUUAGUGGAAAACAAAACAUUAAUAGUCUUUUGUUUUAGUAUUUUAGUUUUGCAUGAAUUUGUUUUGACAGUAUGAACUUGUUUUGCUGCUGUAAUGAGGAUAUUCUUGUCUAAAGUGAUUUUGUUGGAUCCUUAUUAAAUGUCAAAUGUUAUGCUAUUAAUCAAA